GCGUGUUCGCGACCAUCCACAAUGUGAUACAGAUCUACUGCUGAGCUGCAAGGAUCUGCCUUUACGUCAACGACAUGAUAUUUUCAAGGGGGACCUUAUCUCACGAUCGUUUACUGCAAUACGCACUGAGCAGCAAAGUAAUCGAUUUUGUUGCGGUAUUCCUCUGGAAAUGCCGCAGGAUUUGCCUUUUCUUUAGCUUUAAUUAGAAAAAAAAUUCGAAAAAGGAGAAAGCACACCACUGAGCGUAAAAGUUUACUUAUUUUGGGGUUUUUCGCUUCCACAUCUGUAGAAUACUUUGCGAACACACACAAUCGCUGCUAAUAGCGGCUCAACCUGUCGAGGUGUCCAAAUUGAAACGCGCCCAGCGUCUAAGAUGCUGGUUUGCCCGCAAGAAAUUCAUAAGGGCGUUCUACGCCGCUUGUCGAUGCAUGCGUCUGUGGCGUAGCAUUUUGUUUCUUGACGCCGUGGAGACUUCGGGACACAGAAUGGAGGACUCCUUGAAAGCUGCGAUAGUGCCCUAUGUUGGCCGUGGUGUCCCGUGCUCUGAGUUGCCCAAGGGUUACCAUCUCAUCUUUCCUCCGUUACCAACAGGUGAAGAACAAAGGCACACAGUUGUAUUGCACUGCGACAUCACUGGACGCCCGUAUAGAAUCGGCGAUUUCCCGAAGCCCUUGAACGAAUUCAGCAGGUAGGGAACAUUGGUGGAUACGAAAUGUCUCACGUGUGGCUGCUGAACAUGAGGACAAAUGAGGCAAAGCAGACGUUGCUAGAUGCCGAACUGCUAUUGGUGAAGAACCGGCCGUGCCUCAUUAUUGACCCGGCGCGGAAAGGGCUCAGAGGAAUAAGCUACAGUGGGUCGAGUUCGACGUCACUUCUGAGACCAUACGACGAGCCUUUCGAGAGUAUGGCGAGGUAAAGGAGGUCAUCAGCGAUCGGUGGAAGGCCGAGGACUUCUACGGCGCCGAGUCAACGACUCGUCUCGCAUGUCUUUUGCUGCGUUAGUGUGUCAUACCAGACCGCGUCCCUCAUCAGAUGCGUCUUGGUAGCGGCGCUGUACUCGUGGUUGUGCCUGGACGUGCUCCGUUAUGCCUUCGUUGCCACAAUACUGGACACAUCCGACAUGAAUGCCGAGUGCCCAGGUGCGCAGCUUACCGAGCGUUCGGGAACGAGCAGGCUAAUUGCACUCGCUCGUACGCCAGAGUUGCAAGCACAGGCGGAGACGCGGACUGGACCGAGAUGCUCGUGGUCGAGGACGAAACGAAGAGCGUGGCUGCAAUGGUGGCGACCAUUAGCGACGCGGCCAUAGGGGCGGCGUCCACUAUGGCGAUGCAGCCUCGCAAGAGAACACGGCUACAGACGUUCGGGGGCAGGAGGUGCCAUGGUGGCAGACGCUUCUACAGGCUAGCGCGAAGAGGAAGAAGCUUGGCCAGAACCACCGGUGGACGGCACGCACUUCUGAAACACACUUUUCAAAGCAAAAACUGCGAACAAGCGUGUCCGGGACUGAUGAGAAAAUAUAUGCACUCAAGACCGCAGUAAGCGAAGCCGUCGCGCCGCUGGAAGACGGUGAUUCGACGGACGACUCUGCAAUGGGCGCCGAGGCAACACCUUCGAAGCAUCGACUCAACGAUAGUGACAGUGAUCUAAAGAAAGGAAGGACGCUUGAUUCUGCAACCCGUGAGGGAGCACGGCGAAGCGUCGUCAGGGGAGAGAGAGCGUUUCUUCCCGAGCUGGACCUUCGACAUCAGAAUCGGACGGUGCUGACGCUGUCGCCGGGCUGGCUGCAGGCGUCGCUGGCCGACAAACGGAGCGUCUCCAGUGCGUUGUUCCUUGCCGCCGUCUACGGCCGCGACGACCUGUCUCAGCGGCUCCAGCGCGUGUACCGGCGCGUGGCGCUCGCCGCGGCAGCCCUCCACCAGAGCGCGCAGCACCAGGCGCCUUUUUACACCACGGUGGAAGGCGUGGGCAGCUUCAGCAGGUACCUGCCGUCUGCCGAAGUUCUGCUGGCCAUGAUCAAUCUCAACUUCCGCAAAAAGAACCAGGUUACCCUGAAGGAUGACGUCUACGUUACUGGCGGUGGUAAAUCAGCGUUCCGGUUGGCAGCCAUGUUUGCAGCCGAAGUGGCCUUCGAUGACGCCGAGGCCGCUGGCGCCUUCGUGAGCACAUUGCUUCUGCGACAUCUGUCCGUGCCUUCCUCCGCCAAGCUGUCUUCCAUGCUGCAGAUGUCGAAGUACAGGUGUUUCGAGCUGGUCGAAGACGUGGCUCCGCACGCUAUGUCUCUGUUUCUGGCAGAAGGCCUCGUUCCAAUGUCAAAUAUAGAUAUAGUUCAUUCUGUUAUUGGCAACAUACGCAAGGUGUUGGAGGCAAGCCUUGCUAUACUUCCAGAAGCAGAAAGAAAGAAUACUUCGGCAAAACUCCAUGGGAUUGAAGACGUUGUUCUGGUGCCCGAUGACUUAUACGACGAGGCUCUCCUGGAGCGGCACUACGCGUCGCUACCCGUCUUCCGGUCGCCCUUCGUCCGCUCGUACCUGUCCGCGCUCAGGGGGCGCGCCGACCGGGCCAAGGCGUCGCUGCAUCGUCGUGUAUCGACGGCACGCCGCAUGUCACAUCGGCUGCCCAUGCUGGCAGCGAAACCACUACUGCUUCCUUUCUACAGCCUGCUGUUCGUGCCUGUCGCGUCAAUGUUGCCACCUAUCUUGGUGCGCGAAUCACCGGAAGCGACAUACGCGGCCCUGGGCCACCUCGUGGCUCGCGAGCUCGUCUCCGCGUUGCAUCUAUCGGCUUCGGACGCGGAUCGCGAUGGCCUUUUAGUCAACCGGCGUUUCGCUGCGGCGGUAUCCAACACCAUCACUUGCCUACACCGGUCGUCGUCGCCAUCCCAGACGCGCCGUCAAGUAGGAGCACUAGCGUACCAACGAAUUGAAGAGGUGUACGCGGACGUUGUGGGUCUGCAAGCGGCGAUGCGCGCGCUCCGCGCGGCGACUCCGAGCUACAGGCCGCUGAAAACUGCAGCGGUGUUUCAGAACUGGACAAGUGCGCAGCUUUUCUACCUGAGCGCCUGUUUCAAGUGGUGCGCGUUCGAUACCAACGAGGUGGAAGGCACCGUGGGCUCGCACCGCGAGCGCUGCAAUCUGCCCGUCGCCGAGGAGCCCGGUUUCCUGGCGGCCUUCAACUGCAGCGCCAAUUCGAAGAUGGCUCGCCAGCGCAAGGGAUGCUUCUGGCACGCCCUGUAGACGCCCUUUCUAAACCCCGACUGACCCAAAGUUCACUCAUUAUUAACCGUAAUAACGAGAAAUAAAUGCACGGAUACAUGCCCACAGGUGCGUCCCAAAAUAUGAGUCCGUGCUGGCCACGGAAUGAUGGCAACGCGUUAAACGCCACAACUGAAAACAAACUAUAAACCCUACACGUAACGCAUUAUGCUGCUGAGCACAACUUACAAAAAAAAAAAAAAAAGACUGGACGCUACGUAACAGCUAGCGUAUUUUGGUUUACUUAAACUUUGUUAUGAAGGUGCUGGCCUUUGUCUUCGCUAGUGGUUUCGUAAGCAGCAGUUUGCGUUAGUAUAGCAGCGUUGGCGCUACGCUAAGUCAUGAUCUUUCAGCUGUGGUGGUGUGGCUUAAGCGAAAAGGAAACUAAUAUCAAGCCUCUUUCUCUCUCUCUCUCUCUCACGUACACACGCGCGCGCACACACAAAACGGGCAGCUCAUUAGAACCGUGAAACUAAGUACCUUAUGCGAUAACAUUAACGUACUCUAUAACCCCUUUCCAUUUGGUUAGUGGUCAUCCAAGACAUCUUCUGGCACAUUUAGCACGAUGUACGAUAUUUUUAACGUAUAUAUAACAAGACGACAUUUCUGGUUUAGCGGCAAAUUAUUGUUUCAAGUAGCAAAGAAAGACUUCAACAUCUGUACACAUCUGUUUCUUCAUUAGAUAUUGCUUGAGCUACAAGCCAUUGCA